AUGACGGGCGCGAUUUGCCUCUUCUCUCGCCGAGAGCGAAUCGUCACCAGCUCAGAAGCCAGAAGAAUCGCGCGUCUCCCGUCGACCUUCACUCCGUGGAAUCCGUCCCCCAGUUUUGCAUCGAAGCCUUGCUUCUCUUCCUCUCGGCCAUCUCAAAUCUCCUUCCGCUUCUCUCUUCCCCACGGUUUCGUCGCUUCCUCGUCCGCCGCCUCGCUGCCUGUGACCGCUCUUGGUCUCUUCCUCCGCGUUUCUCCUCGCGUGUCCUCUCCUCGUUUCUCUCCAAGUUCCACCUUUUCUUCGCGAGCCUCGCUUCCUGCUCCUGCUUCUCUGCCCUAUUUUCCGGCUCUCUCGACUUCCGCUUGUGUCCUCUCCGAGGCGUCCUUCUCGUCUGUGUUUUGCGCCCGUUUCUCCUCCUCGACCUCCUCGCCGUCGGGGCAGGCGGCGACGGCAGCGGCUGCGGGGAGAGCAGCCGCAGCCGCAGCGAAGAGGCGCGAGGAACGGAGGAGUCGCGAGCGAUGGAUGAAACUUCAGAAAGGCGCGAAACUCGGCGGUGGGCUAGCAGCCGCCCUGGCUCUCUCAGCAGGCAGCAUCGUUUGGUUUCUGGCGUCUGUGAAACGCCGUCACCCGCCGCCUCCUCUCGACCCUCAGGUUUCUCUCCCGUCUCCCCUCACUGAUAAAUUGUGCCUGUCUCCUGUCCCUCUCUCUUCUCUCCUCGCUUCUGUCCCCUCGUCUGUCUCCUCUUCGUCUUCGUCUGCCUCGGCGUGCUGCGGCUCUUGCAGCGUCGACGCUUCCUCGUCUUCUUCUUCCCUGCGCACCUUUCCCAAUGUCUUUCCGUCAGCGCGGGCGCUCGACGAGCUCUGUCGCAAGUACCCGUCGUUCCCUGCGUCCAAGGCGGUCAUCCUCCAGGCGGCGUCUCACGUUGUGCCCGUCGAGUACCACUUGCAUCUGCGCGACGCUUUCUGCCGGUAUCUCUCCCUUCGUCUAGCCGAAGUCUGCGGCCAAGAGAAGGGAAACGAAUGCAGCGGCAAGCAGUGCGGCUUAACCGUAGAGUCGGUGAGGGAGACGAUGCGCGAACUCUGGGGUGUUCUGGGCGUCGAGGGCUCGGAGACGACUGGCGACAACGCAGGAAACGCAUUCUUCUCUCUCAUCAACUUUGACAAGGAAAUUGAAACCUUCCUUAGCCGUCUGUCUGCAGCUUCCAGUCCUCCUUCCGCUUGCUGCGCAGCUUCUUCCCCUUCGUUCUGUGGUUCUUCAUCCUGCGUGGCUGAGUUUGUCGAGAGUGUCCGAGAGAAGAUCUCCGACGUGCUUGUCACCAACUGGCAAAGACAAAGAUACUUCGAUCCUCUCACCUUCAAGCGAAGCGCGCUGGUCCGUCGGAUCUCCCACGAGGCAGCGGGACGAGAUGUAGUCCGCGCUGUCCCUGAGGAUGACGCUCCUCUUUCUUCCUCUUCGUCGUCGUCUUCCUCUUCUUCUCUGUCGUCUGAGCCUGUGUUUCUGGGGACUCACGAGAUCCAGAAAGCAGUCGAGAACUUGAAGGAGUUUGGAGUCUGCAUCAUCCGCAACGGUUUAACGCGCCAGCAGCUCGAGGUCCUCCAACGAACGCUUCACACGGAUGAGGCGAUGGCGAUCUCGUCCGCCAUGGCGAUGCAGGAGGAGGAUCCGAACGUGUGGUGCACGCGCCCCACGACCGGUCGCCUUCACUGUCUUCUUCGUGGGACGCUUUUGGAAGCUCCGUUGGUGGAUGCUCAGCGCGUGUGGAUGCCGCUCGUUUUUUCGUAUUUGCCGUGCGAAGGCCGUGGCGCGUACACCCCGGAGCCGGAUGAAACUCUGACAAAAGUGUGGAAGACAAAGGGCCCGCGGGGGGAAGGGAGGCCCGCUGGAGACGCUGGCAAGCUCGAGAAUUCGCGGGGCGGAGACGAAAUCGACGACGGCGAGGCUGACCCGAAAAAGGGCCUUCUCGCCGUGAGCAAGCUCGGAAAACGGGUGUACGUCUCCGACAUGCAAUCCGUCGACGCAGACCCUUUGGCGAUCACUCAGCCCUGGCACAGAGACACGAGCGCUCGCGGUCUCACCGUGCUCGUCCCUCUCUGCGACAUCACCGAGGCGAACGGGCCGACCGAGCUCCUGCCGCGCUCCCACACUCUCUGCCCCUCGAAGCCUCUCGGCUGGAGAGCGCAAGCCGGCCUAUGGCGGGCGUUCCUCUCCAGUCUCUUUUGUGAGUCUGGGGGCUCCUGGCGUCCGACCCUCAAGGCCGGGGAUCUCCUCAUCUACGACUCACGAGUCGUGCACCGGGGACUAGGCAAUAACACGUGGCAUUCUCGCCCCGUUCUUGCCUUCCGGUACGACUACGAAGACCAGCCGCCCCCUGGAGAAUACGCAAAGCGGUGGAAAUCGCAGAGAACGUUUCUCUUUGGGCGAGCCGUCGAGCGUCUCCUGGGCCUCUACAACCAGCUCUGA